UAAGGAGGUGUGUUGCGUUUCAGGGCCCCUUGGCGAGUCGGGGCUGGUGCUGUAAAUCUCGCUGUGUCUCCUGGUUUACUCAGGCCCAUAAACUAGGAGGCAAUUAUGGAAAACAACUGGAUGCAAGAUUUCUUCAGUCCUGCAAGAUUUGUGGUUGCAGCCUUAAAGGAUUUUUGCCCUCCCAUCUACCCAAAAUGAAUUACUUUGCCCCACGCGCCCUCACCCCAAUCCCAGCUUUCCGUCAAACAGUGGAUUGACCUCUCAUGACUCUGGCAGAUAACAAGACAAAAAAAACGGAGGAAAAUAGCGGACAUAGACAUUCUGUGUCAGACCUUGGCUUGUGGCCAUUAGGUUUGGCUCACUCAUGAUUUAUUCAUAUGGUAUCAGACAUGUACACACUCAACAUGACCUGCACUGACUCAUAUCCGUCAUGUCUCACCCUAACCCAGGACACAUUAACACAUUAAGACUUGCUGGUGGGACGGCACCAGAGCCGAUGCACUUGAUCAAAGUGCUUUAUAUUUGAUUAUGUUCAUCAUCUUUGAUUACCAGGUUUCUUUCUCCAGCCUGACUUCAACCUGUAUUUUAUUGGCUUGUUAGGGAUCCGGAUGCUUUGGUGGAAAGUUUUACAUUUGGGGGAAAUAGUACCUCAUGAAUAUAAACAUGAACAGCUUGGGCUGCUUUGAUCUGGGCCUGCCUGAGAGCCCCGAGUGGAGUGGGCUGGAGCCGGCGUUGCACAGCUCUCUCUGCCAAUUUUAACCAUUUGCAUAAUUGUUAUAACUGUCGAGGCCAGCGGUGCAAAGCUCUUGAUGAAUGUGGAUUGUAUUAGAAGCAAGAGGAGAUGUCACCGCAGGAGUCAGUUCUCUUACAUGGGAUAUUUGUGUGUGACAGCGAGAGAGAGAGACAUUGCCUUCAGGAAGUGUGUGUCUCGUGAGUGUGCGCUGACGGGCAGGCCCGCAGGGUGGCCCCGUUGAAUGAUGAGGUUUGAUCCCUCAUGGAGCCAUGUACUGUAUCUGCCAAAGCAUUCUUAAGCAACCUACUGGGUUUUCGCAUGUUUCUGCCCACAAAUCAUGUACAUUUUCUUUUCCAAAUCUUUUCUUUUACCCGAAACUUGCGUGGAAUAUAUGUCGUCAAUCCACCCCAAUUACAUUUUAUUUAUUUACUUUUCCAUUGAGUUGUUCAUUGUUGUUUCAUAGUGACGUGCCAGCAUCCUGCUGGUGCACUUAAGUUCUCCCGGACAGCAGUCAUUCUAAUGCAAGUUAGAGUCCAAAACACAUAAUCAUUCUCAGCAAUCCAGAUCACUUUAGCUUGACCCUUGUUACAACAUACCCGUACAGUGAAGUGGUUUUUAAUAGCCAUAUCUCAGAUGUCUGAUGUCUGAUGUCUUUGAAUGCACCAAGGAGGAAAAUGCUUUACUAAUAAAAAUAGCUCAACUUUGACGCUGAAAUGUUCCCUGCGAGGAGGUAAAUAGACAGCAUUUUGUCUUAAACGUGCCAUUGAGAUGUUAAAAGUGAUUGCACAGUGUAAUGGUGAUGGAAAAACUUUUAUUGGACCCCUAUAAGCCUUUCUUUCACCGUGUAAUUCAUUUGACAUCUUUCAAAUGACGAUUCGGGCAGAAAGGAACUACGUCACCAAUUUUUACAGUUGUAAACCGGAAGUAGGAGCUUCAACGUACAGACUUUGUCUUCUCCUCUGUUAUCUCCAAAGUGGUGUUGAUAACUUCCUCAGGAGCCCUGAGGAAGAGUACUUGUGUCCUUUGCGACGUCUCGCUACUUCAGCGUCUUCUUCGACAGUGACCAAACAAUUAUACCACCUGAAACCAAAAAAUCUGGUUUAUUUUCAUAAUAUAAUGAAACCAAUGUACAAACCAAUAGUCGUCUACAUCAAUCAUUAAUGAGAUAUCUUGGUAUGGUGGUGGCUUUCAAAAUUGGUUGUUAAUGGGCUAAAACGAGGCCAGCGCCUGGUGCGGCCCUUCAAAGCCUUUUAACUUAGCCCGGCUGAGCACAAUAGGUGAGUUUGCCUCCCGCGGGUCCUGUUUAUAGUCUGAGAGGUUGCAGCGAGUUUGUGUGUUUUAUGGUCUCGAGAAUGUUUUAUGGCCAACCGGGGGUGUUUAUGCACGGGAAGAGCGAGGGUCAUAGGGGUGAAAUCAAUAGCGAUGCUUGAUGAGGUUGUCUGAGUAGAAGGAAGAGAGAAGGGGAUAUGUGGGUGAUUUGGCGGUGUGGAGGUUUGCAGAGAGACAAUUUCGCUGCGUGGAGCUGAACAGGCUCAAACUAAAGCUGACAAAACAGUAGUGCCUCUUAGGUAGGUGUUGGGGUAACUUGGCAACCGGUUUAGUUUUGUGUUGCUUUGCUCCAUAGGAUGUUUCCUGCUGCGGCUGAAGCUCGAUGUAACAGCCAUCAUAUCCGAUGUACAGGUGUACUGUAACACAAAUUGUCCAUAAUGUGUAUUGUGUACCGGAGCACUUCUGUGUGUGUUUUUCUUCUUCUUUUAAGGAAGCCCAGCUGUAGUAACAUAGUUGGAUCAGCGUUAUGUAACAGAAUUAUGAUGUCACAUAUGCUGAAAAGGACUAUGUAACCCUCACAUGUGAUCCUGGGGUCCUUUGAUUUGACAUGGGGAUAAGCAGCGAUGACAUUCCAAGAGGCAAAACUGAUUCAGUCGCAGGUGCAUUAUGAAAUAAAUAGUCUGUAAAUGCAUCAACUGCUCUCCUAUAACCAGGUCUGCAUACAAAAGUUUCAGUCUGUGUGUGUGUUUAUUUUGUGGUGAGUUGCUAUGCUGUGGUGGGAGUUGUUGUAGCUGUGCUUGGAGACAGCUGUCUGUGCAGAGAAGCACAGCUGAUGAAACGUCUGUCAGCCCACACUGUGUCCCUCCCUCCAGAGAUCAACAUCCACAGGGUAGUCAAAGGGGCAAGAGGUGGAGUUCGUUUCAGUGAAGGAGGAAACACACGCAGAUCCUCAGGUGUUGCCCGAAUAGCAGCAUGGCUUCAUGGAUGGCACACUAAAAUAAGUUCUUUAAACACACCGCUACGUCCAUGGUCCCAAGAUGAUGGAGUGACUUUGACUGACUUUGAGCACCUUACAGCCCCACAGAGCCCUGUAACCAAUGGCAGCUUCAGUCCAGACUCUUCCUCUGACCCGUGGCCCCAACAAAAGCUUCCGUAACCCCUUCCCAGCCCCGCCCCUCGCGUCCCGUUGCGGCAUGGGAAGCGUGGGCAGUCUGGUGGAGAGGCCAGAUGUGUCUCCGACUAAAGGCAGCCGCGCUGUCCCCCAGGUGAGACCCAAACAGACCAAUGGCCUCCUGAAGAAAGGCUUCACCCAGAGGGAGCUACUCAACUACCUAAACAUCAGCAGAAAAGAGCCUAAAGCGAACCCGGGCAGUGACGGCAAGAAGGACAUUAUCUCCGGCCUCAGUGGCCGCGAGGAGGACAGCAUCCACGCCAAGGUCUACCACAAAGACGGCACCGAAGUAGAUCUGACAAAGAACUCACUGCCGAGUGGUGGCAAGUAUGAAAAGGCUCGUUUCAGAUCGUCCGCCUUCAAGCCCGUCACCCCCAAAAAUUUCAGCUCCAUGCAAAACCUCUACCCGUCUUCCAAGUCAGAGGAUGUGGAAUAUGGCCUCUCCAACGGGCUGCACAGAGCUUACGCCCAUGUUCCUAAAGCUGUCUCCACCUCCUCCUCUUCUUCCUCACCCUCCCGCCCUGGACCGACAUCCAGUGGAAACAAGGCCGUCUCUUGUGUGCGUGGGACGAGCCACGAGGAUGAUAACCUGUCAGAUUCGGGCCAUAACUCCAUGAGCAGCCUGCCGCCGUACCGGCCUCCCUUCCGCCCACACCUGGCUCACAUCAGUGCGUCUAUGGGCCACAUCAACACCAUCGGCUCCCUGGACCGCACCUCUCUGGGCCCGAAGGCUAUCGGGUGCGAGGGUGUGGCUAUAGGAGAGGUGGCGUGUCGGAGCAUGGCAACCCUGAGCCGCCUGGCUACAUAUGGAGGGGAGGCUCCACCUCCUUAUGAAUGGACACUCUCUCUGUCUGUGGAGGAAGUGGUGCGGGAUCUGGAGGAGCGUCUGGUGGAGAAAGAGCAUGAGCUCAAGCAGAUGAAAAGAAACCUGGACGAGAGCGAGGGCGCCAUUGCUCAGGUGUUUGAAGGGAAGCAGCGUCUGUGGGAGAAGGAGGUGGAGGAGCUGAAGCACUUGUACGCUGCAAAGCUGCGUCAGGUCUCCCAGCAUGCCCAGCGCUCCCAGCGCAGCCUGCAGCUGCAGUUGUUCAAGGCCCAGCAGGAGAAGAACCGACUGCAAGAGGAGCUCGACGGCCUGAAAACGGAAAGGAGCCAGGAUGCUGGAGCCGUAGCAAAUCGAACCAGCCCAACCCUGGAGGAGACGCAGUGGGAGGUUUGCCAAAAGUCAGGGGAGAUCUCCCUGCUGAAGCAGCAGCUGAGGGACUCCCAGGCGGAGGUGACCCAGAAGCUGAGCGAACUCUUCCAGCUGAAGACACAGCUCAGGGAGAGCCGCAUGGAGCUGCGCAGCAGGGAGGGCCAGAUAGAUGCGCUGAAGCUCGUCCUGCAGGGGACGCAGCGGCGCAGAUGCUCCUCUCAGAACGCACGCGAAGAUGGAAAAGGGGCUGACGAGACUACUUCAGGGGGGUGCGGGGGGCCCACGGAGGAGCGUCUGCGGGCGGAACUCCUGCUGGAGCGACGCCAGAGCGAGGCCCAGGCCAUGGCUUUCGAGGACGAGAGGCACACAUGGCAGACGGAGAAGGAAAAGGUCAUCCGCUACCAGAAGGAGCUGCAGGCCAGCUACUUAGAGAUGUACCACCGCAAUGAAGCGCUGGAGAGGGAACUGCACCAGCUGAGGGCAGGCAGAGAGCAGGGGGCCGGAGGAGGAGGAGGAGGAGGAGGAGGAGGAGGAGGAGGAGCAGGAGGAGGAGGGAGCAGAAGUGGGACAUUGGAAAGAGAAGUGCCAGAGCUGAGGGGCGAGAGAAUCGGGGAAAACCCAGAGGACAGACCUUCCUCCGGUUUGCCGUGGAUAGAGAGGAUUGAAUCAUCCGAAAUUUGAAUGUGAUUUGAAUUUGUUUGCAAUGCAAACUGCUUUCUCCCCGAAGUCCGGCAUCUAUGGAAGACCAGGUCUGCCAGGAUGAGAAAGGAAAAGACGAAUAAGUGAAAUAAGUACAAGUUUUGAUUAAGACAAAAUUAUCCUUGUACACUUGGUGAAAAAUUGGCAUUGAAAUUGAAAUUAUGAUGUUGUAAGUCAAAAUCUAUACUUCCUGAGACAAAAGUAUGAAAAUUUUAAAAGAGAAUAAAAUGUAACAUUAUUUAUAGUCAUAAUUAUAAAUAAUCAUAAAGUAAUGUGUCUAAAGUUGGACUCAUAGCCAAAAUUAUGAGUGAAUAAAAAUAAUGAGAGGAAAUAUUUGACCUCAAACAGAAAUAUUUCAGUCAACAUUUUGACUUACUAUGUCAGCAUUUGAGUAAUUAUCACUUCUUCUUUUUUAAAUCUUUACUUAUCUUUUAAUGCAGAUAGUCAAAUUUAGAGUAUUUUUUUGUAAACUGUCCAUCUGUUCUUCUUCUUCUCUUGGUGGGAAUGGGCUUCCAUGGACGCUGCCAGUCUCUGCCCGUGCACCCUUGUUUAUUGUUGAAUGCCGUUAUCCUGCAAAGACGGGACCCAUGAGCUUGUACAGAAACACAGAAAAACUGUCUGUGCCUCGUCUCCACUUGGCUGUAGAGUCGUGUCGGGUGUUUAUGUACAAUACAGACAAACUCCAGCCAAGCAACUAAGACUGUCCUGCUUCAGACUUCUGUCCGAUCACAACGCUGUAAAUGAACAAAAUUGAUAUGCUGAUUGUGAGAGCUUUGCGUUCAUGUGGCUGUUACUUUUCGGUCUGGACUGCUGUGUGGUCUGUGGCGGUUGUCAAAGGGAAGCGCAGGAACAUCUCAGCACCUGUGUGCGAGCUGCCGGCUCGGUGGAUUCAGUAUGGAGGAUAAAAACUACCUGGUGCCAAGGUACUGAUGCUAAUUCUUUGCCAUCGAGAAAACGUUACUGUUCUGAAGAAACUGGAAAUGUGCUACUUUUUUUCCUCUCUCAUUUCUCCUGUCAGGUGAUGCCAAUAUAUUUUGUACAUAACUGUAACUCUCCAUUUGACUGGACUUCUUUCAUUGUAAUCCCAAGCACACUGUUGUCUUAAACGGGCAUUCUUCCGUAUCUUUUGACUGCAAUGAAAACCGUCAACAGAUGGCCUGACGUGACCGCCCUGCUUCGCCAAAACCAACAACAUUAAAUGCAUGACAUAGGUGGAGUUGUUCUAUUGCAUUGUUUAUUAUUAAAUAUAUGAACGUUCAAAAGCCAGCUCUCAAUUGACCUCUCAAUGUACUGUGACUCUUGUCCGUUUACUGGAAUCAAAACUGUGCAGUAGAAAAAUAUGUAUAUAUAUGUAUGUUUGUUUUGGAUAAUAAACAUUUAUGAAGUGG